UACGCGAUGCCUGUGUUCAACAUGAUGGAGAGCUAUCUGGUCAAAGAGCUUCGCUUUCCUCCUGGCCUAACUCUUCGCCUGAUAACACGAAGUGCUUAUGUCGCAUUCACCAUGUUCAUCGGCAUGACCUUCCCCUUCUUCGGCGGCCUACUCUCUUUCUUCGGCGGAUUCGCAUUCGCCCCGACCACAUACUUCCUUCCUUGCAUCAUGUGGCUUGCUAUUUACAAACCCAGAAGGUUUAGCUUAUCUUGGAUCACUAAUUGGAUCUGCAUAAUUCUCGGGGUCCUGCUUAUGAUCUUGGCUCCUAUUGGUGGAUUGUGAGAGAUCAUCAUA